AUGAGCGCGAUCGGCGCCCCGGGUGCGGGUUUCUCGUCGUUCGCGGGCAAGGCCCUGGUCAGCAGGGCGCCCCGCGCGGCUGCGCGCGCCCGGUCCUCCGUGAAGGCGAUGGCCUCCAGCGAGGAGAUCUCCUACAUCAUGAUCAAGCCCGACGGCGUGCAGAGGGGCCUGGUGGGCGACAUCAUCUCGCGUUUCGAGCGCAAGGGCUUCACCCUGAAGGCUCUCAAGCUGUACCAGUGCCCCCGCGAGGUCGCCGAGGAGCACUACAAGGACCUGUCCUCGAAGCCGUUCUACAAGGACCUCGUGGACUACAUCUGCUCCGGGCCUGUCGUGGCCAUGGUGUGGUCGGGUGCGGGCGUCGUCAAGUCGGCGCGCCUGCUGAUCGGCGCGACGAACCCGCUCGAGGCCGCCCCGGGGACCAUCCGCGGCGAUCUCGCGGUUGAGGUCGGUCGCAACGUGGUGCACGGCAGCGACUCGGUGGAGAACGGUGUGCGCGAGGCCAACCUGUGGUUCGGCGAGGGCAGCAUCGUCGAGUGGGACCCGACGAUGACUCCCUGGCUGCGGGAGUAA